AUGUGGAAGCUCCUCUCGCUCCCGCUCACCUUUGUCCAGCUCUCGCUCUCCCUAGACCUCCUCACCGUCGCCACCGCAUGCUCCGACCACCCCUACCACAUCUCCAACUUCGGACAGCUCCCGCACAGAGACGGACACCGAGACGCCACAACGCCGCAGCCGGUCUGGUACUCUGACGAUGGCAGCCGCACCACGGCCGCCGAGCUGGCGCGCAAGAGGGAGCAGCUCGAGGGCUUCGCGCGCUGGAACCGCGAGCGCGGCCAGAUGCCCCGCUCUGACGACGAAUUGCGCGACCUCGAGUGGGGCGACCUCAACAUCCUCCACACCACCGACAUCCACGGAUGGUACCAGGGACACCGCAAGGUGACGCCCCCCGAGCCAAACUACAGCGGAGACUGGGCCGACUGGGCCUCGUUUGCCGCAAAGAUGCGCCAAAAGGCCCACGGCGAGGGCAGGGACCUCCUCCUCGUCGACACCGGCGACCUCCACGACGGCAACGGCCUCUCGGACGGCUUCCCCCCCUACGGCGCCGGCGAGCCCGGCGGCAAGGACGCCAUCGACGGACACGUCAGCAACAAGGUCUUUUCCAUGGUCGACUACGACCUCCUCACCAUCGGCAACCACGAGCUCUACAACUACACCGUGGCCAAGGACGUCUUUGACAACUUCCGCCCCCGCUGGAUCGACCGCUACAUGACUUCCAACGUCAAGAUCGCCGUGCCCGAUGCCGACGACCCCAGCCGCAACCACACCGAACCUAUCGGCUCGCUCGCCGUUAGCCUCGUCACGCCCGUCCAGGGCAUCAAGGUCGUGUCGUACGGCAUCCUGUUCGACUUUAAACUGGCAGCGCCCGGCAUCAUUGUCCAGCCGCCCGAGGAGAUGAUCGAGGAGCAGUGGUUCAACGACAGCCUCGACGCCGCAGAGCGCUUCGGCGUCGACAUCUUUGUCAUCCUCGGCCACAUGCCCGUCAGCGGCGACCCGGCGUGGCAGGCCGUCAGGCGCAAGAUCCGCUCCCGCUUUCCGGACACGCCCAUCUCGAUCCUCGGCGGACACACGCACGUCCGAGACUGCCGCAUGCUCGACGACAACACCAUGGCCAUGGAGAGUGGUCGCUACCUCGAGACGAUCGGGUUCAUGGGCGUGCAGAACCUGCGGGCAAGGAUCCGGGGACUCGUCGAGAAGGUCCGCUUCACGCGGCGCUACAUCGACCCCAACCCGCGCAACUUUGCACACCACCUCGGCCUCUCGACGCCGUCGAAGCUGCUCACGCAAAAGGGGCGCUUCAUCCGCUUCCUCAUGGACGCCAUCUCGGACGCAUGGAACCUGACGCGCCUGCACGGCGUCGUGCCGCAGGACUACUACCUCGACCGCCUGCCGUACGGGCACAACCACAGCCUGCUCACGCUGCUCGCGUCAGAGGUGCUGCCCAAGGUGGUGCGGCCGUCGGAGGCGUCGAGGCGCGACCGGCCCAGCCUGGUGCUCAUCAACAGCGGCAGCCAGCGCUUCGACGUCUUCCGCGGGCCGUUUACCCGCAACGACCAGUACAUCGUCAGCCCCUUUAAGGACGACUUUCUCUACAUGCCCGACGUGCCGUGGCGCGUGGCGCGGAGGCUGCUGGGCGGGCUGACGGACAAGAAGCCUCCGUCGGUCGUCGAGGUCGCUCAGGGCGAGCUUGAGAGGAGCGGAGAGGAGCGCAAGCGGUACGGGUCCGGCUUCAUCGAGGACAUCUUUAUCCGCUGGCAAAAGUCACAGUGGGCCGGCUUCCUCUCCUCCGGCGAUCCCAACACCUCGACGUCACCGGGCGCAUCGACAUCGACAUCGACGGGAGAGUCGGGCGACGAGGACCAAGGCGCGCCCGGCGGGACGGAUGCGGUGCAGAAGGCGAAAAAGAUGCUCGAGGCCGAGGCGGUCCGCUACGAGACUCUGGAGCUCGGCGGGCGCGCACAGGGACCGAGUCUCGGCUACCGCACCAUCGACGGGUGCGAGGGCGAGGGCGACGAUACCAUCCACUCUCCCCUCCCCUUUUCACCGGACCAGCCAGAUUACGUCGCCUCGAACCCGGUCCCGGAACCUCGAUCCGACGAGGACCUCGUCGACGUCGUCUUCGUCGACUUCAUCAUGCCGCCCCUGCUCGAGCUCAUGAACAGCUUCGACGACUCGAACCGCACCUACACCGCCGACCAGGUCAAGGUGUGGGGCGACAUUACGACGCAGCUCCUCUACCCCAGGUACGCCGAGCUAGAGUGGCAGCCGCCCCAAGGCGCCGCUGCGGCUGUGCGCGAACAGCGCGCCGACGCCGCGGCCAAAGGCUACGCGCCUUUCACCGACGACGCGCCCUCGGCCGAUCAAGAGCCCGAAGCCGAUGCCGCCGCCGCCGCCGCCCAAUUCGUGGUGCAGCGGGCCGAGGGCCUGUGA